CAUACAAAAGCACUCUGAUGGCAGUGUGACGACCGGACUGAGCUGAUACGUAACAAGGAUGUUUACAGUACUACGAAUGAGAUGGCUGGACCGUUUAAAAAACCUAACCAUCCUUCUUGAACUGUAAAACGUGGAUAAAACUGAAACAUAACAAAUCUGUUUUAGUCGUUUGUUAUGAGGGCCCCUUGUUCUGAACCUAUGCAAAUACCUGUGAAAUCAAAAGUAUGCCUUGUAAUAAUCGAUGGAUGGGGCCACCGCACCGAGAAGAAAGGUAAUGCAAUUGAGGCUGCUGAUUGCAAGUGGAUGAAACUGCUCAGCAAUAAAUACUGCUCGUUUCUGCUAUCUGCAAGCGGGAUCGAUGUAGGUCUGCCUGCCGAUCAAAUGGGCAACUCCAUGGUGGGCCAUCUAACAAUUGGCGCCGGCCGUGUUGUUCCUCAGCCCCAGAAACAGAUUGACGAACUGAUAGCCACAAACAAGCUGGGGGAGUGUCUGGAGAAGACCGGCAUUUAUAAAGAAAGUGGGCGACUGCAUUUGAUCGGUCUUGUGUCCGAUGGUGGCAUACACUCACAUAUUGCGCAUCUCUUUGCUUUAGUACAUCUGCUUAAGGACACAUUCGCUCAGAUUUUUGUGCAUUUUAUUGCCGACGGAAGGGACACAGCGCCACAGAGCGCUAUUCAGUACGUUCAUUCACUUCAACGGGAAAUAACUGGGCUAAAUAAUGUAAAGAUAGCUAGUCUGGCGGGGAGAUGGUACACCAUGGACCGGGACAAAAAUCACGAGCGAAUCGAGGAGGCAUAUUUGAACAUGACAAGCGGAAAAGCAAUCAAAGAAUCAAUCGAUUCAUAUCUAAAUAAGCAGUAUGAUAAACAUAUUUAUGACGAGAACAUACCGCCUGUACUUUUAAAUCAGAACGGUACCAUUUCAAGGGGCGAUGUCCUUCUAUUCUUCAAUUAUCGUGCUGAUCGGAUGAAACAGAUCGUUGAGCGAUGCGCACGGAACAACAGUAGGCUGUACACCAUGACACAGUACGAUGAGAACUUUGGACAUACCUUCAUCGUGCGUAGGGAGAGCGUGUCUAACACGCUUGCUGAAGUGAUCAGCAAAUCGGGAGUUGAGCAGUCACACAUCGCAGAAACAGAGAAAUACGCACAUGUAACAUAUUUUUUAAAUGGUGGGAGAGAACGGCCAUUUACGAAUGAAAAACGGUUUCUUGUCAACUCACCGAAGGUGCCAUCGUAUCAUCUUAAACCUGAAAUGAGCAUAUAUCAGGUUGUUGAGCAAUGUUUUAAAGAAAUGACGGCAAGUACACCGUUCAUAGUUUUGAAUUUUGCUAAUCCUGAUAUGGUCGGACAUACGGGAAACUUCCAGGCUACAUGUGAGGCAGUCUUGUGUACUGAUGAGUGUGUGGGACUGGUUUAUGAGGGCUGUCUGGAGAAUGGCUACAUUCUGGUCGUGACAGCUGAUCAUGGAAACGCUGAAAUUAUGGUGGAUGAAAGCGGAAAUGUUGUUACGAAGCAUACGAGUUCGAAGGUGCCGCUGAUCGUCUGUACAGAGGUUGUUGGUCCAGCAAAAACUGAGUGGGGAUUCGCAGGAACGGGCACGCUUUCAGAUGUUGCCCCGACAGUUUUGCACUUGCUUGGAUUAGAAGUGCCUAAGGAAAUGACCGGAAAGAAUCUCUGCGUGAAAAGUAACAAAAAUAAAAAUUAGCUCAAUUUUUCAAAGCUUGUACGGUAUUAACCAAGAAUUACACAAAUC